AUGAUCGCCUGGAACAAGAUCAACCAAAGGGCGUGGUUGAUGUCGUACCUUGCAACGAAGAAGUCAGACGUCGCAUACGACUCACUCCUCAGACUGCUGCGUCGCUUCUUCCAGCGCUAUGGAUUCUCUCGACAGCGGCAGACAAAGAACAAGCUCAAGCAGGCGUCCUACGAAAACUACUGCGUGUUUAACGUCGAUGAGGCAGGGAUGUACUACAACCUCCCUCCUACGCACAUUUGGGCUAAUCAUAGCGGCAGCGCCAAGAUCUCAACGGGCGAGAAGCAUUCGAUGCGCAUGACAGUGGGAGUACCCGGGGCGCGCAUCGAAACCAAUGAGUUCCCCACGAUUCCUCGUGGCCAUCGCUAA